AUCUCAUCUGCUGCCUGGAGUAGAUUUCAGUACUGAAAUAAUUUGAUUUUAAGCUGACUACAUAAAGAAUGGAUCAAAAUAUGCCUGAUGCAGUGACGACAUUGCAGGCGCUCGUGCUCUGGCGCAAUUGGCGCAGGACAGCGCUGUUCUUUAUAUUCACAUUGACUCUGCUGCUGGACAUGUCCACCAAUCCGGUGAUUAGCGUGCUAAGCGUUGCUGGCGCCAUAACCAUAUCGAUAAACAUGUCCUAUUGCUGCUACGUCUGGGCCAUGCGGAAGCUUCACAAAAGCUCCAUUACGGAUCAUCCGUUGAAGCGCUAUCUCGACAUGGAUUUCACCAUCUCAAGGAAGACCACCGAGCAGCUGGCUCAUCUCUUUAUCUCCAAACUGAAUCCGAUACUCUUGCAGUUGCGAUCGGUCUUCCUAGUGGAGGAUAUGGUCGACUCGCUGAAGAUGCUAAUAAUUUUCUGCUGCCUUAAUAUUGUGGGCGACUUAAUCAAGGGAAUGACUCUGCUAGUAGUGGGUAUCAUCCUACUCUUCACCUUGCCUAAACUAUACGUGUCGAAGAAGAAGACCAUCCAUAAAAAGCUCGAGCAAUUGCAAAUGUUCAAGGCUCAGCUGCUGUCUCCAAACCCUAAGAUGACUACAGUUCCCACUGUUGCAGUGGAUCCCCAAGUGUUCGACCCGGAUCUGAAGAAGAUGAGCUGUGUAGAGAACGACAUCGACAACGAAAUCGACAAUGAGCAGUACGAUACUUGUGAGCAGAUUAGCACACCGGACCUAUCAUCGGACUACAACUGGCAGGAGAAGAACAUGCCGAGCGAGGGGGCUCUGCAUUCUAAACAGCUCUAAUUCUUUUUGAUUAUUUUUUAAGCAUUUGUUUACUUGAGGCUCUCUGUAAACGCAGACGAACGGAAUAAACUUAAAUUCUACGUGAAAGCCUCAA